CAGAAGCAAAACAAAAGUUUGUCGAAGGGAGAGUUUUUAAAAGAAAGCAGACAAAGAAGAAUUCACAAUGAGAUAGUAAAGUGCACUACAUGGAUAUUAACGAGACAGGAGACAAAUAAAAACACCAGCCAUGCAGGCCCGAACCGCAACUAUUCGGAUUGAAGAACCGUUUCGCAAAACGUGGAGAGAGCCGGUGACGAUAAUUUCAGCAGAGGAAUUGAAAAGAGCAGAAAGUGGCGACAGUAUAGAUGGAGCGGAAAUAGACUCGAUUAACUCAAAUUCACGACACGAGCAAAAAGGUGUCAGUGAAAUCGUGAAGCGAAUAACUCCAUCUAUGCCGGAUAUUAGAAUAAUUUCGGACGAAAAACAAUCAGAACAAAACAAUAACAACGAAAACUUGAAUCCUUCGUGUAAAGAUGUGAUAUUCAGAACUCCUCAGAAACGAAGCUGUGAAAUGAUGAAUGUCUCGCAUUGCUUAAGUUCAGACUUCCACAAAGCCUAUUCAGACUCGUAUCUCUGUGAAAAAUCAGACUGGAUGCUGGGCGAACGGUCAAGCUCAAGGUCGCCACCCUCACCGUCCGUGGGGUCACGAUCACCCCAGAUAAGGUCAAGGUCACCCAUUGUAAAUAAGUCUCCGUCAGUUCGCCAUGCGUCCAGCGAGUUCAACUUCUCUCCGGAAAGUACCGAGCAUUACCGAUGUGAGGUCGAGGCGGAGUCACAACGGGUCAAAAAACGCCUGUUUGAAGAAGUCGCGAAUGGUUCCUACCUCACCAGCCUUCCUCAAGCUUCCUACCACCAGCAGAGAGACGCUUACAUGUCGCCAAGGCAUCACCGCAGCUCACGUGACCACGUGACCUACGAGCAUGUGGCUGGCUCACACGACCUCGGCGCCAUGUUGUCACGGGACCACCAGGAACCGGAAAGCCACUACUACCUCGGCAGUCCGUCUUUCAGAAGCAAACUUGCAAGCUUCUUUAGCGAUUCGGAGUCGUUUCGAGCCAAGCGUCGCCUCGAUAUUGAAGACGAAUACGUUUCUACUCCGAAGCGAAUAAAAGCGGUAUAA